UUCUCCCUUAUUUAUAGCCAUGCAGGGGGUGGGUAGUUAUUACAGUGCUCUCCUGAGGUGGCUCAAGAUCUCUCUAACUGAAUGAGCAAGGAAGAACCUGACACUGCAGAACAAACAGUUUGCAAGAAGGAAAUAUUUCAUGUAGACAUUGAAGAAUAACUUUGUGACCCUACGGUGUUAUCUUUCUGAGCAGCCAGACAGAUGUGCAAGAUGAGGACAAAGAGCCUUUCAAUCUCCUUGCCCACAGGAUGCUCGGAAGGGACCUCUUCACUCUCACCAGAGAGCGAUGUAGACUGCCAGACCCAAUGUCUCAUAGACUGCAGGCAGGGACAUUACUACACAGCUGGCAACUGCUUGGAAUGUCCAACUGGCUUUUAUUGCCCUGGGGGUCAAAAAGCUCCAAGGAAAUGCCCAUUGGGAACAGCUAAUGAGCUUACAGCUCAAGUGGACAUCAUAGCCUGCCGGGUCUGUCCUGAAGGCUUUCUCAGCAUGGAGAAUGGAGCUGGAUGUCGUGCGUGUCCAGAUGGCUAUUCGUGUGAUCCACGUAGUGGUGUGCAGAGGAGCUGCAGUCCUGGCCAGUAUUCUCCAGACGGAGAGCUGGAGUGCCUGGGGUGCCCAGAGAACCAUGUCUGCCCAGAUGGAAGGAGCAGGCAGCCCUGUUUGGCUGGGCAGGAGCCAGAUCCAAGCCACACUCAUUGUGUUACUUAUGCCCGUGGUUCUGUCUCUGCUGAAGAUGUGCUGAUAUGCCAGCCCUGUCCAGCAGGUCACUUCUGUGCAGACAGCCUUACAGAUACUCCUCCAUGCCCAGCAGGGAGCUUCAAGCCCAAAGAGGGGAUCCUCGUGCCCAGCAGCAGCUCUUCGUUCUUACCCAGAAAUGGGUUGUGUUUGAAGUGUCCUGCUGGGUAUUUCUGUCCUGCUGGAGGAAGUCACCCCACACCAUGCCAGCCAGGUACAUACAAUCCUCUCCAAGGACAGGAUGAAGCCACUGACUGCAGAGCCUGCCCAGCAGGAAGAGCUUGCACCCAGGCUGGAUUAACCCAGCCUGACUCUGAGUGCUUACCAGGGUACGUGUGCCCAGCGGGGUCAUCCAGCCCACAUCUUCCCAGCAAUGCCUGUCCUCCAGGAACAGUUGGUGACAGCUUUGACCUCUUUGAUAAGUCCCAGUGUGAGACGUGUCCUGCUGGAUAUUUCUGUGUUAGAGGAACAGGGGGAAAACAGAAACCUCCUGCACCAUGUCCAGUUGGUCACUACUGCCCACCAGGCACGAAGCACGCAGCACAGUACAAGUGUGCCCCGGGCACAUGGAGCAAUAGGACAAGGCUGAAAUCAGCAGAGGAGUGUUUGCUGUGCCCUGCAGGCUGGUUUUGUGUGGGAGGAUCUCAUGCACCUUCUGGCAUGUGCAGCUCAGGGCACUACUGCCCUCAAGGUACAUGGAGAGGCACACAGCACCCCUGCCCUGCAGGAACAUAUAGCACCAGGCUGGGAAACAGCAAAGUGGAGGAUUGCACUGCCUGCCCUGCUGGGGCGUUUUGCCCCAUUGGGACCUCCAAGCCAGUUCUUUGCCCCAUAGGAACUUACCGUGCAGAACAUGGUGCAGGGGUGGCUGCAGACUGUGUCCCUUGCCCUGGAGGGUACUACUGCCCUGACCUUGGCACUGUUACACCUCGAACAUGUGGUGCUGGCAAUUUCUCAGACCGAGGUUCUGCCUCCUGCUUGCCAUGCUCUGUUGGACAUUACUGUGCUAGUGAGCACACCAGCCGGGAGGUGAUGCUGCUGGCCAUGGUUUGCCCAGCAGGUCUCCGGUGCCCAGAAGGACAGGCUGUCGCUCCAGAGGCCAAUGCAAACUCCUGCCCGAGGGGCUUCUACUGUCCCCAAGGAGAUGCUGGCUCAGAUGCGAAGCCUUGCCCCAAUGGGACCUAUGGCAGACAGAAGGGACUCAGCAGUGCUGAAGAAUGCUCACUGUGCCCUGCAGGGAAGUACUGCUACAGAGCUGGGACUGAGCCUUCAGGAAUUCCCUACCCUACUGGAGAUUGUCCACUUGGCUACAACUGCCCUCCUGGAACUGGAUUCCCUUUCUCCUUCCCCUGCACCCCUGGAUUCUUCUGGGAUAAUUCCAGUGCAGAGGAUGAAGACAGGUGCAAACCGUGUCCAGCUGGGAGCUACUGUGACUCUGUUGCCUUGACAGAGCCCAAAGCUUGCCCCAUAGGCUUUUACUGUGGUGAAGGCAGCUCUAAACCUGAGCCCUGCCCAGAGGGAACCUACAGUAACAAAAAGGGACUGUCUGGACCAUCAGAGUGCAGCCCAUGUGGCCGUGGUUUCUACUGUGCUACUCCAGGGCAGAGUGGGCCAAGUGGUCCCUGCAAGGCUGGGUUCUACUGCCAGGGCAGGGCUUUUACUGCAUUGCCUACAGAUGGUGUGACAGGAGAUGUGUGUCCUGCAGGGGCAUAUUGCCCACCUGGCUCCCCUUUACCCAUCCCCUGUCCUCCAGGAACCUACAGCAAUGUGAGUGGGCUCAGAAGCCUUGGUCAGUGCUUGGACUGCCCGCCUGGCCUUUAUUGUGAUGGGACAAAUACCCAAGCUCCCUCGGGACCUUGUGAGCCUGGAUACUACUGUACAGGUGGUGCCAAAAGUGCUCUUCAGCAUGUGGUCAUGGAAGGGCGUUAUUCCUCAGCAGGAGCUUUCAAGCCAGAGCUGUGUCCUCUUGGCAGCUUCCAGCCUGACCGUGGUCAGUCUCAUUGCAGGGACUGUCCAGAGGGAACGUUCUGCAAUGAGAUGGGCUUGGCUGAAGCCCAGCCUUGUCCAAAAGGGCAUUUUUGCUUGGGUGGAAGUUCUCUGCCUCUCCCUUGUCCAGUGGGAAUGUAUACGGAUGUGCUUGGGGCAGGUACUUGCAAGCCCUGCCCAGCAGGCAUGUACUGCAGCAUGGCAGGUCUGACUGAGCCAGAAGGACCUUGCCAGCCUGGCUAUUACUGCAGCCAAGGGUCCAGCAGCUCCUCACCUGUGGGUCUUUCAUUUGGAGAUCUUUGUCCACCGGGAUAUUAUUGCCCUGCUGGCACAGCACACCCAAAAAUGAUGGCCUGCCCUGCUGGCACCUGGAAUGACCAGAGGGGAGCCCAGGAUGUCACUUGGUGUCUUCCUUGUGCCCCUGGCUUCUUCUGCAGUAUGUCUGGCCAAGAUGCUCCCGUAGGACUUUGUGCACAAGGCUACUACUGCACAGGAGGGGCAAAGACUGCAAAGCCGGAGGAUGGUGUCACUGGGGAUAUCUGUCCUCGAGGACAUUUCUGCCCUGCAGGCUCAGCAGCACCUUCUCCCUGCCCCAGUGGCGAAUACAGCAAUGUAACAGGUCAAGACAAAUGUUUUCCAUGUCCUGCUGGGUUCCACUGUCCUAAAGGACUGCGACGCCGUUGCCCUCCUGGCUUCUAUUGCCCUCAGAGAACAGGAAUCAGUUUUUAUCCUUGUCCCCCUGGGACUUUCAACCCUUCUUAUGGACUCAGCCAGGUUGAGAGGUGCCAGAAGUGCCCUGCAGGAAUGUUCUGUGGAGACUGGGGUCUCUCCUCUCCAAGUGGUCCCUGUUGGCCAGGGUUCUUCUGCACAGCAGGAGCAAGUGUCCCAAACCCUGACAGAACCACAAACACCAGCACUGGUGGUCCAUGCCCACCUGGACACUUCUGCCCAGCUGGCACAAGUAUCCCACAGCAGUGCCCUGUGGGCACUUACUCAGACAGGCCAUACAUGUGGCAGGAAUCCAGCUGCAUGCUGUGUCCAUCUGGCCAUUACUGCAGCUCUGCUGCCCUCACAGCACCCUCAGGGCGCUGCUCAGCUGGGUACUACUGCCUGGCUGGAGCUUCCUCUCCAUCACCACCUGAUGCAUGGGAGACAGGAGGCCCUUGUCCUGUGAGCCAUUUCUGCCCUGAAGGAGCCAGCUUUCCCUUAGCUUGCCAUGCAGGGACUUACAACAACCUCACCAGACAAGCUGCGUGCUUCCCUUGUGCUGCAGGGUACUACUGCCCAGAAAAUACUACCAGCUACAGUGUGAAUCCUUGUCCUGCUGGCUUUUACUGCCCUAAAGGAACCAGGUUUGCUACUGAGUUCCCCUGUCCCCGUGGCUACUUUAACCCUGAUCCCAUGACACAGAGCUUGGACAGCUGCUUGCCCUGCCCACCUGGGCACUACUGUGGGAAAGAGAACUUGACAGCUCCAUCAGGCGAGUGUGAUGCAGGUUGGUUUUGCAUCUCUGCUGCUUGGACCUCGCAGCCUUUUGACCUGGAUAACUACACCAGUGCCAACUGCCUCUGCCCAGCUACAGCUACUGGAGGGAAGUGCACAGCUGGUUUCUAUUGCCCCAAGGGAAGCUCAGAGCCUCUUCCCUGUCAUCCGGGGUUUUACUGCAAUGCCUCAGGCCUGUCUAUGCCUAGUGGGGAAUGUACUGCUGGCUUUUACUGUAAAGGUGGAGCAGUCCUCCCUAAUCCAACAGAUGAUGUGACUGGGAAUAUCUGCCCUGUGGGGUCUUACUGCACUGCAGGGUCAGCAGAACCCAAGCUGUGCCCAGCUGGCACUUUCUCCAGCCUGCCAGGAAGGAGAACACUUUCUGAAUGCCAACCUUGUCCCUCUGGCUUCUACUGUGAGGGUCCUGGUCUCAGUGCCCCCACUGGAGAGUGCUGGGAAGGCUAUUACUGUGACAACCAGCAGGGGCCAGUUACUGAUUUCACUCUUUACCCGUGCCCACAAGGCUUUUACUGCCCACCAGGGACAAGCAGGAGCACUCAGUACAGCUGUCCAGCAGGAACGUUUGGCCCAAGGCAAAAACUGAAAGCUGUCAAAGAAUGUCAGAGCUGCCCACCAGGAAAAUACUGUGAAUUCUCUGGACUUGCUGCCCCUACAGGAGACUGUGCUGAGGGAUUUUGGUGCAGAAUUGGUGCCCGUGUUAGAAAUCCUCAAGAUGGAGAAUCAGGAUUUCCUUGUCCUCCUGGUCAUUACUGUCCAGAAGGUGCACCACGUCCUUUAAAGUGUCCUCCUGGUACCUGGUCUGGCAAUGAAGGCAGGAGGAGUUUGCAGGAUUGCCAGCCUUGUCCUGGAGGGCACUAUUGCAACAGCUCUGGGCAGAGAGCCCCCACAGGACACUGCAGCCCAGGGUAUUACUGUGUCAGUAGGGCCCAGACCCCAACACCCACUGAUGGACUCUCAGGGGCUCCGUGUCCCCUUGGUCACUUCUGUCCUCUUGGAUCCAGGAGUCCAGAACCAUGUCCAUCAGGCUCCUAUAUGCCACAGACCCAUGGAGAGAAGUGCCAUGCAUGCCCUGAGGGUGAAUACUGUGUCCCUGGUGAGCAACCAGAGCCAUGUCCCCAGGGGUAUUUCUGUCCCAAGGGCACAGCUCUUCCAGUGGCUUGUCCAGCAGGGUCAUAUAACCCAUCACAAAGGCAAGCCAGCUGCCUCCCCUGUCCCCAAGGAUUCUUCUGCCCCAAAAAUUCCUCUUCAUUUUUGGAGAAUGAAUGUUCAGCUGGCCACUACUGCCCUGCUGGCACUGCUUCUGCCACUCAGUUUCCAUGCCCUGAGGGGACUUACAACCCACAGAAUGGGAGCAGCCUGCUGUCUCACUGUCUCCCCUGCGAACGAGGGCACUACUGUGCACUCACAGGGCAGGCACAUGUUACAGGGCCCUGUCUGGCUGGGUUCUACUGCAGUGGAGGCUCUUCUAGUCCAACACCCACAGAUGGUCUUCUGGGGGAUGUGUGCCCAAAGGGAACUUAUUGCCCUAUGGGCACUGCCCUCCCACAGCCGUGUCCUCCUGGUUAUUACAGCAACUUGACUGGGAGUACUGGGAUUGAGGACUGCCUUCUGUGUGAUGCAGGUUAUUUCUGCAGUGGGACUGGACUUUUAUCUCCAACUGGAUUAUGUGAAGGUGGAUUCUACUGCAGUGGAGGAGCCAUUUCUCCUAAACCUCCCAGGAUAACAGAGAGUGGAGGACCGUGUCCACCUGGACAUUACUGUGUAGCAGGGAGCAGCAGAGCCCAGCCUUGCCCUGCAGGGAGUUACAGCCCAUCCUGGAGUAUGGUGCAGUGUUUGGAGUGCCCAGAAGGGUUUUAUUGUGAAACUGCUUCCACAAACUACACGGAUUGCCCUACAGGUCACUACUGCCCCAGGAGUACCAAAUUUGCCACUCAGUAUCCUUGUCCUCCUGGAACGUACAGUGAUGCUUUAAAUAUCAGGGAUGCUUCCAAGUGCCAGCUGUGUCCUCCUGGAAGGGUUUGUUCCAAGCCAGGCCUAACAAGACCAGAUGGUCUGUGCAUGCCUGGAUGGUUUUGUCCACCUGGAUCCAUGUCAAGCAAGCCAGUGUUUCUUGGAAACUACUCAGAUUAUUUAUGUCCCCUGGGUCACUAUUGCCCUGCUGGCAGCCCUGAGCCCAUACCCUGCCCCUCCGGAAAAUACCAGGACCAGGCUGGUAAAAGCCAGUGUGAAAUGUGCCCAGCAGGAAUGUUCUGUGCCCAAGACCACCGUCCAUCCAGUCUCCAUAACAACUCACGUGGAGUGAUCAAACCAAUGGUCUGUCCGGCAGGAUAUUACUGCCCACCAGGCACAAUAGCUGGUAAUCAGUACCCAUGUCCAGCAGGGACUUAUAGUAACAAAACUGGACUGAGAAACCCUAGAGAGUGCUUGCCUUGUCCUGGGGGCACAUUUUGUGCCAGUGCAGGACUCGUUUCCCCAAGUGGUCCAUGUAUGCCCGGGUUUUACUGCACUUUAAAGGCACGUGUACCCAAUCCUGCCAAUGAUGCCACUGGUGGACUCUGCCCAGCAGGCCAUUACUGCCCAGCAGGCAGCAAUGAGCCACAGCCAUGUCCAAAUGGCAUGUUUUUGCCUCAGUUUGGGAUGGCUUACCACAAUGCCUGUCUGCCCUGCCCAGGAGGGAAGUUCUGCCAAGGAGAGGGCUUGAUGAGUGUUUCUGGAUCGUGCUCUGCUGGCUAUUUUUGUGAUGGUGAAUCCACACGGCCGGACCAUAAGCAGUGUCCCCCUGGUUUUUACUGUCCCAAAGGCUCUGAAUCCCCUGUUCCUUGCAGCCCUGGUCACUUCAAUUCUGAGAGAGGAAAGUGGCAGCCAGCAGACUGUCAGCUCUGCCCAGCUGGAUAUUUCUGCAGUGGUUCUGGAGCACAUACUCCUGAGCUGUGCCCUGCUGGGUACUUCUGUCUGCCAGGUACCAACUUCAGUACAGAGCAUCCAUGUCCAGUGGGCACCUUUGGCCCCAGGGCUGGUGCCACCAGUGACUCUGACUGUGAUCCCUGCCCAGCAGGUAUGUAUUGCUCAGCACCAGGUCUUUCACAGCCCUCUGGAUUUUGCUAUUCAGGUUAUCAUUGUGCCAAGGGAGCCAUCAGCCCAACCCCUUUCAAACACAGGGUAGAAUUUGCUGGCCCUGUGUUGCCUGGUAAUGACAUCUGUCCUGCAGGACACUACUGCCCCAAUGGAACUGAGAAUCCCAUGCCCUGCCCUCCUGGCUCCUUCUCUGCUGUCAGGGGCCUGCAGGCAGAAGAGCAGUGCCAGCCCUGCCCCGCUGGCCGAUAUUGCAGCAGGGCAGGAUUGUUUGAUCUGGCUCAGACAUCGCUGUGUAAUGCAGGGUAUGUUUGUUUGGAAGGAAGCUCUGCUCCCUGCCCUUUUGAUGGGGUUUAUGGAUACAGAUGUCCUAGUGGCUUCUACUGUCCUGCUGGCACUGGGCUAGAACUGCCCUGUGAGCCUGGCACCUUCAGCCCUAUGCCUGGAGCGAGUACUUGCCUCCCUUGCCCAGCUGGUAUGGCCUGCAGCCAUGCAGCCACUGCAGAGCCACUCAGCUGUCCCAGAGGUUACUAUUGUCCAGCUAGGACUGCUGCUCCUCUGCCAUGCCCCGAGGGGACACUGAAUGUCAUGGAGGGGGCAUUGGCUCUCAGUGCUUGCAAGCUGUGUCCAGUGGGGAGGUACUGCAGAGGAGAUGCUAAUUGGGAACCUGAUGGUCUGUGUUCAGCUGGGUACUAUUGUGAAGGAGGAGCCACUGAUGCAGUUCCACAUGGGACACCAGCAUUCCCACUCAAUGGGCCCUGCCCACUUGGACAUUAUUGUCCAGAGGGCACUCCUUUCCCAGUUGCCUGCCCAGUUGGGACCCUGAACAACAACACAGGUGGUACCUCUCCAGAGAGCUGUGUGCCGUGCUAUCCUGGGUGUUUCUGUGCUAGCAUUGGUUUGAGUUCUCCAACAGGACCUUGUACUGAGGGAUUUUACUGCCCAGCAAACUUCAGCUCCUUCAGCCCCACAGCAUUUCUCUGCCCUAAGGGUCACUUCUGCCGGUCAGGAGCAGCCCACCCAACACCAUGCCCUGCUGGGGAAUACCAGCCAGCCAGGGGCUCUGCAUCCUGUAUUCCAUGCCAGAGGGGAUUCUACUGCCAGGAGAUGGUGGCUGGAGACCCCAAGAGCUGCCCACCACAUAUGUACUGUCCUACAGGCACACAGUUUCCUCAGACAUGUCCUGAAGGCACCUUUACUCUUCCAAAUAUGACUGGCCUCUGGAAUGAGAAGCAAUGCCUGCCUUGCUUACCUGGUCACUACUGCAGGCAUGGACAGCUAGUGGGGAAAUGUGCUGCUGGAUACUUCUGUCUUGCUGGGAGCUCCCAGCCUACUCCACAGGGCCCUGGCUUUUCCUGGCGCUUUCUGUCUGGAUGCCAAUGGGGUCAGGCAUGUGCUGGGCUGUGUCCUGCAGGUUUCUACUGCCUGGAGGGCUCUGAGUUACCUAUACCAUGUCCUGCCAAUACUAUUAGGGAUGUUCCAGGGGCUGGGAAGAAGGAAGACUGCCUGCCCUGUCCACCAGGCCACUGGUGCAAAGCAGGAGACUCAGAGGCCACUCCGUGUCCCUCAGGGCACUAUUGCUUUGGAAGUAAUGGCAGUGACCAAGACGGUCUGUUGGCACCUCAGAAAUGCCCUCCCCAUACUUACCGCAAGCUCCCAGGAGCUCAGAGCCUGACGGAUUGCCAGCCAUGUCCUCCAGGCUAUCACUGUCCUCUAUCAGGUCUAACCAGUUUUGAGGAUUAUCCAUGCCCAUUGGGAUACUGGUGUCCUGGUACAGGGGAUGCUUUCUUUUGUCCACCUGGCACUUCCAGGGUCCAGCCUGGUGCAAAAUCAUUGGAAGAGUGUGAUCCCUGCUCAGCUGGCUACUAUUGCCCAGACCCAGCACAGACAGGGCUACCUAACACCCAAGGAGUACCUUGUGAGCCUGGCUAUGAGUGCCCAGCAGGUUCAGUCAAUCCAAAGCCUUGCAGGCCUGGCUCAUACUGCAGUGCUCUCACAGCUGUGCCCACAGUGUGCCCUGCUGGGUAUUACUGUCCUGAAGGCUCAUCAACAUACAAUAGCCCUGAGCAGCUAUGUGUGUUCCCCUAUUACUGUCCCCUGGGCAGUGCCCACCCGCUGCCCUGUGAAGGAGGAUACAUGGCCCUCAGCUCACCUGGGCUAAGAGAUUCCUUUGAGAAGUUCUGCAGGAUCUGUGAUGCAGGCAGUUAUCAUAACGACUCUUUCAUCUCUGCUCCCUGUCAGCCCUGCCCAGCAGGCUUCAUCUGCCCACAAGGCAGUGAGACUUACCACAAGAAGCCUUGUCCCAUUGGCUAUUACUGCCCUCCCCUGGCAUCUGCCCCUGUUCCCUGUCCCCCGGGGACCCAUGGGAGCAAUAGCUUGGCCAAGCAUAUAGAGGAUUGUCAGGCCUGUCCUGCUGGCACCUUCAAUCACCUUCCUGCUCAGGUUGCCUGCUUUCCCUGUGGCAGCUCCUCUUCAUCACAGCCAGGUGCUACCAGCUGUACCUGCCAUGGGCUGAACCGGGCUUUCCAGCACUCAGAUGCCUCCUGUAUCUGCCAGGCAGGUUAUAUUUACUAUGAUGAGCGAGGCAAGGAAAACUCUGACAGCAACAGUGACCAGGACUGCCGACCUCAGGUGGACGAGCUCUGUGCUCCUGGAGAGGUCCGUUUAGCAUCGACACGCCGGUGUGUUUUUCCUGAGCAAUAUGACUGCUCUCCAUCUUGUGGGCCUGCGGGUGGAGAGGUUAAUGCAGAGCUGGGCAUAUGUCACUGCAAGCAGUACGUCUCUGCUGAGGAGCUCUGUGACCAAAUGUGUUUGCUGAGAGCCCCACGGAUCUCUUUGGGAUUUGGCAUCAAGAGAGAGCUGCUGCUGAGGAUGGACGAGGGAGUCAGGGAAGUGACAAAUGUUCUGGGCCCGGAUGAACAUGUACAGAAGAGCCAGAGGGUGCAUUUGGCUCUGUUUAAUCCCAGUGGAGUGUUAGGUUUUGUCGUCUCCAGCGUGGAUGUCUUGGAUGCAUUUCUCUUAGGAGAUUUUUCAUCAGAUCAGUUGGUGCAGAAAAGUCAUCGAGUCCAGAGGGCUUCCUUGAAAGAUAUGCCCACCUUGCCCCUCGUCCCUAACCCAGUGGUAUGUUUGGAAGCAGGAGACACGAUCCUUUUCCAGCUUAGCAUCAAUUCUCACAAUCGUGCAUCCAGCCACUAUCCUGUUUAUCAGAAGCAACAUCUUUAUAACAGCAACCCUAGCUGGGAUUAUGGACCCUUCCGAAGGCUGGACCACCUCAUCCAGGAGACUCAGCUCAACAUCUCCUGGUUUGCCCAUGUUUUCCUGCAGUCUGGGACAUAUGUAUUCAGGGACAGGGCCAUUCAGGAGCACUUUCUGAUUGUGACUGUGAAUGAAGCAAAUGUGGGCUGUGACCCCAGAGAUGUGCCCUUCCAGCCCUCUUCUCUGUUCCAGCUGGCCAGACAUGGGAUUUUGAAGCAACAGGAACUGAACUUAGCUCCUAACUGGGCUUCCAUCAUAGCGGUGCUCUUCAUUCUGGGCUUCCUAAUUGUGAUGCUGACAACCCUGGCUAUUGUGCUGCAGCCCACUGUCCCUGUCCUUAGUCCCCUGAGGAGCUGGAAGCCACGAUGGAGGAGCCUGGGUGAGCCACACAUCCCACCAGAGUAUGUCCUUCUUAAGGAAAGCCUUCUCUACUACCAGAUGCUUGGUCCUCGUGGUUCUGGAGGAGAUGCAGCCUUUGGAGAAAAAGGAGCUGUGCAUAAUGAAGAAGGGUGCUGUGCAGUGAGAGACCUGGAGGAUUUCAGUGUUCGCACCCUGUACGAUAAGUUGGAAGAUCAGAAUUUGCACCUGGCAUCGCAGCUGGCAAAGCACAGGAGGGAUGUGUUGGUGUUUUACAGUGGAAUCAGCCAGCAGAUUCAAGGUCUCAUGGACAUGGUGCGAGCACUGGAUGCUGAAGGCCUGAAAGUCUUUGCCAGGCAAAGGAUUUGUGGGCAUAGAUCUGCAGCCAGCAGCCAGGCAGCAGUGAGCAUUGAACAGUGUGAUAAACACUGCAGCAGCAGCUUCCAUGCAGCAGGGCAGGCAGAUGCAAUGCAGCAAGAGGCAAUGGAGUUGAUGAAAGCUCUGGAAAUCCUGCUUGGGAAAGCUCAGCAUAAGAGCAUGAAACAAGAGGUGGAGCAGCAGGUCCAUGGACAGAACAUGGUGGCAGUUUUACCCUCACUGCACAGUGAAAGUAAAGCAAAAGUAGUGGAAGGGCAGGACCCCUCAGGCUCAUCUGAUUGCUUUGAUGUUCAGGCAGCGCCCAAAGAACUUCUGAGCAGCAGAGCAGCACCACAUCUCGGUGUCAAGGGACACUGGGCAUCUAGACUGCAAAAGUACCAAUGCCUUCAUCUGCGAGAGGGGAUCUUAAACAGGAUGGGAAAUACACAGGAAAGUAACUUCAGCAGAAAUUCAGACUCCCCUGUUAAGCUGACGGUUACACAACUGGAGGAGAGGCUGGAUGAACUAAAUGAGGCGUUUGUUGAGUUGACAGUCCAGGCCAUGAGUCUGCAAGAAGAUGGGGAUCUAUUGGAAAAGGAGCUGAGAAAACAGGAGGAAUCACUUGUGGCUGCAAGCAACAAAGAAGUGUGGGGAGCUCAGCGGUGUUCAGAACUGUUACGUUCUUGGACCAUAAAGAGGGAUGAAGCCUUGCUGCUGGAAAUAGAGAAGAACUGUAUUGCCCAGAGGAUUGAAGAGAUAGAAGCACAACUAUUGAGUGCAUCUAAGUAAAGCAGACAGCAGUUCGGAUGUGUAUGUAGUUAGAGAUGCAUGUGAUCAGCUGUGUUGUGGAUAAAUCAUAUUUGUUGGGUUUUUUUAGUUGGUUGAAGCGCAUUCAUGCUCAGCUAUCAAUAAUGUGUAGGCCUGAGAGAUAAGCUGAGGUUCUUAACAUUCUUCACUAAUUUUAGAGUUUCUGUUGGUAAGUCAGUAAAGCAGAAAUGAUGUGAGGCCACUAAUGGCCCACACUUAACGAUAUAUUCUGUAUGGCCUCUUUGACAUCUGAUACAACGAUAUUUGUGAGGAUCUUCUAGGUAUAGUUUAGAGCCUUACGUCUGAGCCUUACCAGACAAUUCCACAAUGCCAUGCAUGUUUUCAGUGUAAUCUUCAUGACCUUAAUGAGGCUUGCUGGCCUUAUGAGACCUUAUGAGUCUUUAGAGUUGUGAUUUGGGAGCAAAGAGUGCACUUAAAUUAUUCCCUCUAGUGAUGACUGCAGCAAUUGGUGUAGCUUCUGGUGUCCAGUGCUCUGAGAGCCUUAAAUGGAAUAUACCUCUUCUAUCAUUGCUGUUUUUAUGCCAAGAGGGCCUGGCUGUGAAGUGGGCUUUGCUUCAGAAGGAUGAGGAUCAGCUCCUGCUCCAUCUCUUUCUGCACAGCAUUCCUUAGUUUCAGGUGAAGUAGAACAACAUGAAAUUGCUUGACUGUGAGCCAGUACAAUGCCUGGGCAAACCAUGCGGGUAGGCUUCAGCCAGCUGUUUCCAACAACAAAGCCAGUUCUCUUUUCAUUCUGCAAUACUUACUGAAUUGCUUAUGCGUGAAGAAGUUUGUGAACCUGCUCCUUCCUGGUUCCUAAACACAAAUCUGUCCUUACUCAUUUUGCCUUAGAGUGUAUUAAUUAGAGGGUGAGACUUCAGUGCCAAGGAGCUCAGACAGAAGCCCUCAACUCUGGUUCAUUUGCCCUCACCUUAUUAGUUUGCUGAUUACACGUUUUCUGAGCUCGCUCCCAGAAGCAAAAGGUUUGUUUUGAUUCCUUUGCAACCCCACCUUGGGAAAAAUUCAGUUAUUUUGAAGGGACUUUGAGAAAAUGAGAUGCUGUCUCCAUAAUAUCCACAGGAAAAUAUCUAGAGAGGUGGUAAAGUUACCUCUGUGUGCUCUGUGUGUUACAGUUUUAAAAGGCAGACUGGGAGGCAUUAGCAAAUAAAAUGUGACUAUUUUUCAUUGCAGUAGUUUUCUAAUGGAAGUAAUUUUCUGCUUUGGAUUGAAACAAAUAUACAUGUGCAGGAUUCUACUAGAAGUUUUCUCUUUUCCACCACUGUGGUUUUCGUAACAAGUGUGUUUCAGCUAUAAGUAAACUGCUUUGGGCUUCAGAAUGUGUUGGUUUUUUUUCCCCCCAUGAAAUGAAAGAGUGUUAAUGAAAAGUCGAGUUUCACACCGUGUUGCCUUUCAUGUUCUGUUGGUAGUUACAAGGGGAAAGGAAGGAACAAAUGAAGUCAAAGGAGGCUGAGUGAGAGAUGCUGCACUUGGGUCAAGUUAAUCCCAGGUAGGAGUAUGGACUUGGAGAUGUCCUUGAGAGCAGCCCUGCAGAGAAGGAGCUUUGGGUUCUGAUGGAUGUAAGUGGGACAUGGGGCAGCAGUGUGUGCUUGCAGCCCAGUAGGGGUGCUCUUGCACCCACAGAGGGUUGUACCCAUCUGCAGUGCUGUGUUCAGGCUUGGGGCUCCUGGUAUAGGAGGGAUGUGGCUACAAAGAGGGGUGGUGUGAUCAUGUAUUUAAUUCUUUCUUUGAAGUGUUCACUGCUAAUAGCUCUUUCUCCAGCCCUCUCUGAAAUCUGGAAGUCAAGCACCUUCUGGAGUAGCUGUGAAGUCCCCUCCGGUCUGGAAGGCUGUUCUUUCCCUGAGACUGCUGAUAAGACUGACUGAGUCCAGGGUCACUUACCUUGGAAGAAAAGGACUUGAUGGUCCCAACGUGGUUGUUCUUGUGCCACUGCUGCAAGACUAUUGCCACUCCUGGGCUGGUAUGUGAGCUAAGUUGGGUAUGUGGGAAGAUUGAAAAGUGUCACCAAAUAAAGCAGGCAAGCAACCGUGCUUUUGGAGGUUCCAUCCACAGAAGCCCAGCUGCAAAAGCAUCAGGAAUAAAGCCCACGUGAGAAGCCAGGCUGCAGCUCUGGACAAGUGCACACACUGUUGAAUCUUGGCAGUGAAGCGUUCUUCCCUUGGCUUGGCAAGAUGUGACAUGCAUUGAGAGGGAUAUAAGCUGAUGUCUGUGUAAGAGCUGUAAUCAUCAUGUGAGUUCCCAGCGUGUCUCAACGCCCAGAGCUGAGCCCCGGUUUGAAGGUAAAAUAAAGGGAGUUCUUUCCAAUAGCAAUGGCCUGCUGGAAGCACCAUGCUGGAAUGCUGGAUUUCUGUUGUGGGGAGCAUCCACCAACAGCAUCCCAUGGUCUGGAGUUGGAGGCCCCAUCUCUAGUGCUGGAAUGAAGCUGUUUCUGCUUCCAAAAUGUGCUUGAAAAAGGAGUUAACGAUGAGUUUUCCUUGUUUAAUGCUGGCUAUGGGGAGGUUCAGUCUUCCAUACCCCUUAAGGAAGAAAACCGCAGGGGUUUUCAGUUCAAUUCAGCCAAGAGUUGGAGCCCUUCUGGGUGCUGUGGCUCCAGUCCAAACCGAGAAAGCCCAGCCUGCUGCUGGCACUGAGCUCCUGGGAAUCAGACUGGAACAUGAGGAGAGGAUUUCCCAGUAUUUCCAACUGUGACCUUCAGAGCCGUACAAAUGCUAGUAUUAUAGCAUUAUAAUCAUUAUAGGCAAAGCCCUCCUGGUGACCUCGCACAGAUAACUCUCCCCCAUCUCUUUAUCUGGCUUUAUUUCCGAGACAACUAAACGAUGCUAAUAUCCCCUCUCCAACCAAGAGGG